AUGAGCAAAUAUUCCACCCCAACCUGGGCCUCCAUAACCCCUAUCCCGCUCGAUGAUGGUUCAACUUACUAUGACAAUGACGGCCCAGGGCAGCAACAAGAAAGCGCGAGUGGAAAUGGGACGUACCCGCUCGCCACAAUCGCCUACGCGCCCGAGUACGAAGAGGCAACCUCGUACCUGCGGGCUGUUAUGGCGGAAAAUGAAAUGUCAGAGCGCGCGCUGGAGCUGACGGGGGAUGUGAUCUUGAUGAAUCCGGCGCAUUAUACGGUUUGGCACCACCGCCAACUAAUCAUGUCCAACUCCCAAUCAUUCCCAACCCUCCCAGCCAACGAACAGCAAUUCCUCAUGCAGAUGCUCGCGCUUGACUCCAAAAACUACCACGUCUGGACCUACCGCCACUGGCUGGUCCGCCACUUCAAGCUCUGGGACCACCCGCAGGAACUGGCCGACGUCGAAGCACUCAUCGACCAAGACGUCCGCAACAACUCCGCCUGGAACCACCGGUGGACGCUGAAAUUCGGCCCGCGCGGCGCCGUCGAUAGUGGCAUGCCGCUCGGCGUCGACGACGACGACGACGACGAACGGCGCAGCUGCCACAACAAGGGAAGCCUCAUCGUCGUGGACGAAGAGCUCAUCGAUGCCGAGCUUGCGUAUGCGAAGGCCAAAAUCCUCCUCGCGCCCGAGAACAAGAGUCCCUGGGCCUACGCGCGGGGUGUUCUGCUGGCUGCGGGGAGGCCGUUAGCGGAGCUUAAGGGGUUUGCGGCCAAGUUUGUUUUGGAGGAGGUGGCGGAGGUGGAGGGCGAUGGGGCUGUUGCUGCGUGGCGGGUUAAGAGCAGCUUGGCCCUAGAGUGGUUGGCGGAUGUAUAUACCCAGGAGGCGGAGGAGGAGGAGGGGGAGGAAAGGGACGCGGAGGAAGAGAAGAAGGAGAAGAAGAAAAAGGCCGAGGCGGCUAGAAUGCUUACGCUGCUGAAGGAUAAGUAUGACCCGAUCCGCAGUAAUUACUGGGCUUAUCGCCUUCGGAUGCUUGAUGGGGAGUCCGUUGCGGUGGCCUAA